AUGGCUUCAAGUAUAUUCACAACGUUUUUGUGUCGUCAACAGCGAUUUUUAGCUCUAACACGUUCGCCAGUUACAGCACAACUCUAUACUCGACUUACUUCUACAUCAGUUCCACAACCACCUCAAAUAAAAACUGAUUUACAACAUCUAAAAAACUUAAAAGUCGAAUAUCAAGAUGGUAUUGCUGUCGUACAAUUCAAUCAAGAAAAUUCGAAAGUUAAUACAUUAUCGAGAGGAAUGAUGGACGAAUUCGUUCCAUUAUUUGAUCAUCUACAAAACGAUGAUAAAGUUAAAGGCAUUGUUGUUAUAUCAGCUAAACCAGGUUCAUUCAUUGCUGGAGCUGACAUUAAUAUGCUUGAAUCAGCUAAAAGUCGUGAUGAACUAUUAAAAAUUUCACGUAAUGGUCAAGAAAUUAUGAAUAAUAUUGAACAAUCACGAAAACCUAUUGUUGCUGCUAUUGCUGGUUCUUGUCUUGGUGGUGGAUUUGAAGUUGCCUUGGCAUGUCAUUAUCGUAUUGCAUUGAAUGAUAAACGAACGGGAUUUGGUGUACCAGAAAUUAAAUUAGGUCUCUUGCCUGGCGCUGGUGGUACACAAAGAUUAGUGCAAAAACUUUCGUUACCUGAUGCACUCGAUCUUGUUUUAACGGGAAAAGAAAUUAAAGUAAAAAAAGCAAAAUCAAUGGGUUUAGUUGAUGAUAUCGUUGAACCUAUCGGACCUGGUUUACAGCCAACAGAACAAAAGAAUAUUGAUUAUCUUCGAUCAGUUGCUGUGCAAAAAGCAAAAGACCUCACUGUGAGAAAACCCACAAAGAAGGAAUCUGGUUUAGUAGAAAGUAUUAAAUCGAAAAUAAUGUCAAGCUCCUAUGUACAAAACUACAUUUUUCAACAAGCCACAAAGAAAGUUAUGUCACAAACGCAAGGUCUCUAUCCUGCACCAUUAAGAAUCUUAGACGUCAUCAAACAAACCGUAACAAGUGGUUCAAAAGUUGGAUAUAAUGCCGAAGCAGAAGGCUUCGCUGAUCUUGGUAUGACAACUGAAUCGAAAGCAUUGAUCAGUUUAUUCCAUGGAAGAACAGAGUGCAAGAAAAAUAAAUAUGGAAAACCAGUAAAAGAAGUAAAAAAUGUUGCUGUUCUUGGUGCUGGUCUUAUGGGUGCAGGUAUUGCACAUGUAUCUAUUGAUAAAGGUUAUAAUGUUAUAUUGCGCGAUAUGACAUCGAAAGCACUUUCACGUGGUUACACACAAAUUUCUAAAGGUUAUCAAAAUUAUGUUAAACGAAAACGAAUUACAACGGCUGAAUAUGAUAAUAUAUUAUCAAAUUUAGAAUGUCAAACAACGCUUGCUAAUUUCGGAAAAUGUGAUAUGAUUAUUGAAGCUGUAUUUGAAGAUCUUCAAUUGAAACAAAAGGUUCUUGCUGAAAUCGAACAAAAUAUUCCAGAUCAUUGUGUAUUUGCUUCGAAUACAUCAGCAUUACCUAUUCAUCAAAUCGCUGCUAAUAGCCGACGACCAGAAAAAGUUGUUGGUAUGCAUUAUUUUUCACCAGUAGAUAAAAUGGAAUUAUUGGAAAUUGUUCGAGCUAAGAAAACAUCAGAUGAUACGAUACGAUCAGCGGUUAGUGUUGGUCUUAAACAAGGCAAAGUUGUUAUUGUUGUUGGUGAUGGCCCUGGCUUUUAUACAACACGUCUAUUGAUGUUCGCCGGCGCUGAAGUAUUUCGUCUUCUUCAAGAAGGCGCUACACCAAAAGAUAUUGAUAGAGCAACAAAGAAAUUCGGUUUUCCUGUUGGAUCUGCAACCUUAUUUGAUGAAGUCGGUAUUGAUGUUGCCGCUCAUAUUGCGCGUGACAUGCAAACUGUUUUUGGUGCACGUCUUGGUGACUCAUCAAUGCCACAAUUAUUCCAAGAUCUUGUAAAAAAUAAUUUAUGUGGACGCAAGACCGGACAAGGCUUAUACAUUUAUCAAGCUGGUGUUAAAGGUGGUGAUCGGGAAAUUAAUCCGAAAUUCACGGAAAUAAUUAAAAAUUAUUCAAAAGAAGCUAAAGAAAAAACGACAAUGGAAAAUAUUCAAUGGCGUACAGGUCUGCGAUUUUUAAAUGAAGCCGCGCGAUGUCUUGAAGAGCAAAUUAUUACAUCUCCAACCGAUGGUGAUAUAGGUGCAGUGUUUGGUCUUGGAUUUCCUCCAAUGAAAGGCGGUCCAUUCCGUUUUAUCGAUACAUAUGGUGUUUCAAAUAUAGUUGAUUUAAUGAAUAAGCAUCGUAAUACAUAUGAUGAACGAUUUGCACCAACUCAACUACUAGUUGAUAUGGCCAAAGACAACAAGAAAUUUUAUUCAUAA